CCCUGCCGCGCGGUGGCUGCUGGGUGCCGCCCGCCUAGCCUUCCUUCGCCUCUCCCCUCCCCCUCCCCUCCCCGCCCCCUCGGCCGCUCCGCUCCCUGGCGUGACUCGGCACGGAGAGUCCCGGGAGUAGACGCCGCGGUCGCCGCCUCUUCUAUCCAGGCCUCGGUCUUCCUGAGCGUCUCUGCUUCCUCUCCCAGGUCAUCUUCUCCUUCAGUUUCGACGGCCACCCUGCCGGGUUCUCUGCGAGGAUGGUGGGGGUGAAGCCGGUCGGGAGCGAUCCCGAUUUCCAGCCAGAGCUGAGCGGCGCGGGCUCCAGACUCGCCGUGGUCAAAUUCACCAUGAGAGGGUGCGGGCCAUGUUUGAGGAUUGCCCCAGCAUUCAGUUCUAUGAGUAAUAAAUAUCCACAAGCUGUUUUCUUGGAAGUCGAUGUACAUCAGUGUCAGGGAACAGCUGCCACCAACAAUAUAUCAGCAACACCUACAUUUUUGUUUUUUCGAAACAAAGUGAGAAUUGAUCAGUAUCAAGGAGCAGAUGCUGUGGGAUUAGAAGAAAAAAUCAAGCAGCACUUAGAAAAUGACCCUGGAAGCAAUGAAGACACAGAUAUUCCAAAAGGCUAUAUGGAUUUAAUGCCUUUUAUUAACAAAGCUGGUUGUGAAUGUCUUAAUGAAAGUGAUGAGCAUGGAUUUGACAACUGUUUACGAAAAGACACGACCUUCUUGGAAUCUGACUGUGAUGAACAGCUGCUUAUUACUGUGGCAUUCAAUCAACCUGUUAAGCUUUAUUCCAUGAAAUUUCAAGGACCAGAUAAUGGUCAGGGUCCUAAAUAUGUAAAAAUUUUUAUCAACUUACCCCGAUCUAUGGAUUUUGAAGAGGCAGAAAGAAGUGAACCAACUCAAGCUCUGGAACUGACAGAGGAUGAUAUUAAAGAAGAUGGCAUUGUUCCACUUCGUUAUGUUAAGUUUCAGAAUGUUAACAGUGUAACUAUAUUUGUUCAGUCCAAUCAAGGUGAAGAGGAAACAACAAGAAUUUCAUAUUUUACUUUUAUUGGUACUCCAGUCCAGGCAACAAACAUGAAUGACUUCAAACGAAAAAUACACAUUGGCAAGUUGAGAGUUAUCAACCUGUGAAACAGUAGUUGGCAAAAAAGGAGAAAGCCACUAAAGUACAGAAGACACUGGACGACCAUAUUACAAUCAGAUCUACAGCUCCUGGAUAAUUGCUUGAUUCUCGCCAGAGACUGUCAAUGUUUCAUUAAUUGCCAUUACCAAUAAAUCAUUGCUUUUGUUCAGAUGGUAUCACUAGUGUUUCCAUUGUAAUCUUGACACAUACAAUUGUAAAUAAAAGUCACUACUUUUGCCAA